GUCUGCUGGCUGCUGCGCUGUCACAGGCCCCAGAAGGUGCCCGCUGGCGCCUAUCCACCGCCUCCACAGCCCCUCUGGGGCACAGACAUAAUGGCGUGGCCGUGGCUAUCCUGCCUCCUGCUUCUUACCCUCGUGGUAUCUGUGGAAGCCAAUGUGGCCCCGACAUUCUCUGGAAACAUGACAAGAGUGAAUUUGCCUGAGGACCUACCAGUGGGUUCCGAGGCCUUCUGGCUGGUGGCUCAGGACCAGGACCAGGACUCUCUGACCUAUGGGAUUAGUGGCCAAUAUGCCUAUUUCUUCACUGUCACCCCGGCCACUGGUGAAGUGAAGCUGGCCAGCCCUCUAGACUAUGAGACGCUCUACUUGUUCGCAGUCACCAUCUCUGUAAGCGACAGCCACAACAACCCGGUACGGAAGGAAAUGCAGGUGAUCGUGGAGGACAGAAAUGACAAUGCUCCCAUUUUCCAGAAUAGUGGUUUCUCCACCAGCAUCAGUGAGACGCUGCCAGUUGGCUCCCUGGUGUUCUCUGUGCUGGCCAAGGACAAAGACACGGGGUCUGCAGGAGCCGUGGUGUACUCCAUAGAGGAGGUCAUCCCGAGCAAUGGGGAGAGCCAGCACCUCUUCAGGAUCUUCCCCAAUGGCUCCAUCGUCCUCAAUGGCAGCCUCAGCUACAACAACAAGAGUGCCUUCUAUCAGCUGGAGCUGAGGGCCUGUGACUCAGGCGGCAUAUACAACAACACCUUCAACAUCCAGUGCUCCUCGCCUGUCUUCCUGUCCAUCUCUGUAGUCGACCAGCCAGACCUGGACCCUCAGUUUAUCAGGGAGUUUUACUCAGCCACUGUGGCCGAGGAUACACCCCAGGGAACGUCAGUGCUGAAGGUAGAGGCUGUGGAUAGUGACAAAGGCAUCAAUGACCCAGUGAUCUACAGCAUUUCCAACUCCACAAGACCCGGCUGGUUUGCCAUCAGGCCAGAUGGGGUGAUCAUGGUCAAUGGUUCCUUGGACCGUGAGCAGCUGCUGGAAGAGGAUGAGGAGGUGAAGGUCCAGGUCAUGGCCACUGAGACGAAACCCAACAUCUAUGGGCAGGAGGCCAAGGUGAGCAUAUGGGUCACACUGACAGUGACGGAUGUCAAUGACCACCAACCCGAGUUUUACAACUGCAGCCUUCUGGCCUGUACCUUCACACCCCAAGAGGCCCAAGUCAACUUCACUGGCUACGUGGAUGAGCAUGCCUCCACCCGCAUCCCCAUUGAUAACCUCACCAUGGUGGUCUACGACCCAGACAAGGGCAACAAUGGCACCUUCCUGCUGUCCUUGGGGGGCCCCGAUGCUGAAGCCUUCAGCAUCUCCCCUGAGCGGGCGGCAGGCUCAUCGGACGUGCAGGUGCUGGUGAGAGCUCCUGCACUGGUGGACUACGAGACAAAAACAGUGAUGCUGGUGCAGGUCAUGGCGACUGACUCAGUCAGUGGGAACUUCUCUGUCGCCCUGGUGACCAUCCACCUCAGAGACAUUAACGACCAUAGGCCCACAUUCCCCCACAGUUUGUACAACAUCAAAGUUUGGGAGCACAGUGCAGACGGCACAGUGGUCACCAACAGCAUCCACGCCUUUGACCCUGACACGGGUGAGGGUGGCCGCAUCACCUACAGCCUGCUUCCAGGGAACGGGGCAGAGAUCUUUAAGGUGGAUCCAGACUCAGGAAUGGUGACAGUGAGGAACAGCGUGCUGCUGGAUCGAGAGAAGCAGGCCGAGUACUACCUCACACUGCAGGCCACAGAUGGCGGGAACUUGUCGGCCUCCACCACGCUGCACAUCAUCCUGCUGGACAUCAAUGACAACUGGCCUGUGGUCAGCGGCUCCUACAACAUCUUUGUCCAGGAGGAGGAUGGCAAUGUCCUCAUAUCCCUCCAGGCUCAGGACAACGAUCAGCCCAACACCAACAACAGCCGUCUGCAUUUCAGCCUGCUUCCUGGUCCCUACAGCCACAACUUCUCAGUGGGCCCUGAUACAGGCAUCCUAAGAAACCUGGGGCCCCUGGACCGAGAGGCCAUCGAACCUGCCCUGGGGGGCCGAAUUGUGCUGACAGUACUUGUGGCUGACUGUGGCAUGCCUGUCCUCAGCACUGAAGUCAAUGUCACCAUCAAUGUGGAGGACAUCAAUGAUAACCUGCCCAUCUUUAACCAGUCUAUCUACUCCUUCUCGGUGAAGGAGAGGGACCCAGGAAAGCUGGUAGGCGUGGUGAAGGCCUGGGAUGCGGAUCAGACAGAAGCCAACAACCGUAUCAGCUUCAGCCUGACAGGGAGUGGUGCCAACAACUUCCUGCUCCGGGGCUUGGUGCUAGAGUCUGGGGGCGCUGGGGGCUACCUUUGGCUGCCUGCAGAUGUGAGCCUGGACUACGAGACACAGGCCUCCUUCAAUCUGACACUGAGUGCCGAGAACCCAGACCCCCAGGGGAAAGAGGCCAGGGCACAAGUCCUUGUGGCUGUGGAGGACGUGAAUGACGAACCACCCACUCUGGACUCAGCCUCGCUCCAGGGCAUCCGUGUAGCCGAGAAUGGCUCACAGCACGGCCUGGUGGCUGAGCUGGUUCCCCAGGAUGUGGAUACCAUGGCUCAGCUGGAGGUACAGCUUGUGAAUACCAUCUGUACCAAGGCCGGGGUCAACGUGGGCAGCCUGUGCUACGGCUGGUUCUCUGUGCUGGCCAAUGGCUCUGUGGUCAUCAAUCAGAGUGAGGCCAUUGACUAUGAGACCUGUGACCUGGUCACGCUGGUUGUUCGGGCCAAUGACCUCACAACAGACCCCCGCUUCCAGGCCUACAGUGACAACGGAAGUCUCGCUAUCACCAUUGAGGACAUGAAUGACAAUGCCCCCUAUUUUCUGCCUGACAAUAAGACUUUCGUUAUCAUCCCAGAACUUGUGGUGCCCAACCAGCAGGUGGCUUCUGUCCAGGCCAGAGACAAUGACUCAGGGAACAACGGGGCCAUUUUGUUCUCCAUCCUCCAAGUGGAUUUCAUCGCUAAGGAUGGGGCCAUGAUCCCUUUCCAGGGCUUCUUCCGGGUCUCUACCUCCUCGGAGGCCAACUUGUUCAUUGGCAACAUUGAGCUGGUGACCAACCUUGACUCCACUCUCCAAGGCACCUACCAAGUGACAGUCCAGGCCCAGGACAGACCUUCAGUGGGUCCUGCUCAGGAAGCCAAAAUCACCCUGAAUCUCUUCACUGUGGACCAAAGUUACCGUGUGAGGUUGCAGUUUUCCAUGAACAAGGAGGAGGUGGGCGCCAACAUGGAGGAGAUUACUGCGGCUCUUGUUCAGGCCACCAGGACUACUGUCUACGUUGUGAGCAUUCAGGACAUAGAAUCCACGGUUCGAGCCCGGGGACGCUCUUACCUUGAUGCCUAUUUUGUCUUCUCAAAUGGGUCAGCCCUGACACUUGAUGAGCUGAGUGUGAUGAUCCGGAAUGACCAGGAUUCACUGAUGCAGCUGCUGCAGUUGGGGCUGGUGGUGCUGGGCUCCCAGGAGAGCCAGGAGUCGGACCUGCCAAAGCUGCUCACCAACGUUAUCAUAGGAUUGGGAGUGGCUUUGCUGCUGAUCAUCGUGAUUAUGACCACGGCGCUCAUGUGUACCCGGAAGAGCUACCACCGGAAGCUUCGGGCUACGAAGGCUGCCAAGGAGGCCCGGAGGACAGCACCAGGGGUGAUGCCCUCAGUCUCUGCCAUCCCUGGGACUAACAUGUACACCACUGAGCGGGCCAACCCUGUGCUGAACCUCCCCACGAAGGACCUGAGCUUCGAGUCCCAAUCCUCUUCCAGUGACCUAGACCACAUGAGUCUCAAUUCCCUGGAUGACAACUCUGUCGAUGUGGAAAAGAACGAGGAGAAAAUCAAGAAGGAGCCCACACACAAUCUGAUAGAGCAAGAUGCGGAACCUCUGAGUGUGGUGCUGUCAGGAAGGAAGACGGGCACAGGUGGACAGCAGGAGAAGCUGUCCUUCACCAAUGCUGGCCUGGACACCACAGACCUCUGAUGUCCCUGCCACAGGACCCUUGCUGCAGAGUGCCAUAUGGGCCCCCCCUCUUCUGGUCCACCCUGGAGGAUGUCUUGUCACCCCAAACUACACCAACCCUUUUCUGAACACAAGGAUAAAUUAUGCAGCUCGG